CCAGCAAGAAUCGGGAUCAGGCCUGUGUCAGCCCGAGGAACCUUCGCUGACACCACAUCGAUUUUAGGUGCUUACACGGGUCGAAGUCAGCACCUCUAGCUUUUUGUGCGUUUGUAAACGUCUCUAGUCACCCCUAUAAUGAUUUGAAUAUCCACAAACUCUAUCUGUAUCCGCUGCUAGAAUCGGACACUUGCAAGGCCACGAAAGGUACAGGUGGCCUGGACAACGCCCCCUUUCUGAUCUCCAGACGACUGACCUUAUUUUAUGUUCGGCAGACACAAGUACCUCGCUUCAACAGUAAAGAUCUUCAGAUACUAAAGUUUCUCAAGAUGAGGAAGAGAGGGAAGAGGCUCGUACUCCCCCUGCUGCUGGUUCUGGCCAUCUCCAUGUAUCUGAUGGGGACCGGCUCCAGGAAGGACGCUCCGUCGGAAAGUGGACAUCGUGUCAUCGAGGAGUCCAUAGCCCUGCCGACUGAAGACCUUCAGGAAGCCUUCCGCGCAGCAGCAGACAAAAACGCCCCACUUUACGGAUACGAUAAGGACAAGGGGCAGCUGGAGCUCAUUGCGAAUAAGAGACAUUCGAGAGAUAUUCUAUCGACCGAUGAAUUGCUAGAUCCAGAAAUACUGUCUGACACGAUGGCAAACGGCGCAGAAGAGGAAGGUCAAGUAACUGGGGAAGUCCCAAAUCAAGACUUAUCGCUGCCUGAUGACCUGAAUGAGGCCCUGCGAGCUGCAGCAGCAGAAGACGCUUCGCCGUACAACCAACAGGCGCUCCGGGCAGCACAACCUGAUGACGUUUCGUCGUACAUCCAACAGGCGCUCCAGGCAGCACAACCUGAUGACGUUUCGUCGUACAUCCAACAGGCGCUCCAGGCGGCACAACCUGAUGACACUUACGUCAUGGAUAAACGCUUCUUACCGGCUAUUGCUGGGCUCGCUGGGAAGCUUAUGUCAAGUGGGAACAAGUUCGAUGUUGCCAAGCUGACGGAUACCAUAAAGAAACUGGGUUCUAUGAAAAACAUGGCUCCAGACAUCAUGGCGAAAAGUGUGGAAAAAGAGGCAGAGGUGGCGGGAGCAAUAGAGAAAAGUGCCAUGCAGUCAGUAAUAGACGGCGUGCUCGGUUCAGCUGUAAAGAAAGGAGUUGGUGGAGCUGCACCUGCCAAAGGUGCUGCACCUGCCAAAGCACCUGUGCCUAAUGGACCCGGAUUCGCAAAAGAGAUAAAGGCUGAAAUAAGUCUCUCGGAGGACAAGGGCAUGAUACAGGACGACAUGUUUGCUCCACCGGGAAUGCACAUGAAAGUGGACGUUGAACAGGGCGGCAAAAAGAAACCAGAAGCUGACAGCAGUUCUCAGCCUCCUGCGUUUGCCUUCCCCAUCGGAAUGGGCGCUGCUCUGAUGAACGGCUGCUUUGGGAAAGGAUACGGACCCGGAGACCCGUGCUAUAACGUCAAGACUGUCAUACCGCGCUGCUAUGCCAUGAUGGAGGGGUGCACCUACAUCGGGGUCGGCUUCGAUGGUCGCGGGGACUACAGCAGCGCGUCGAGAAAGAAGAAUCUCGUGCAGCGGUUCUGUAAGAACAAAAGAAAGUAUCAAGAUGGGGAUGUUCCAGAUACCAUGAACGUUCAGGGCAUCUACGACACGAAAGUUUCCUCCUUCGUCUUCGAGUCAAAAUCAGCCUACCGUCGCUCCCUUCAGAUGAAAGCUGGGAUGUCUUUCUCUGGAUGGGGAUUUCAGGGUGCUAUAGAUGCGGCGUACGGUUCGAAGUCGUCUUCCCAGAGGCAAAUGAUUAUGUCCCUUAUAGAGUGUAAUGUUGUCAGGUAUGAAAUCUUCCUCGAUGAUGUUCGACCGGAUACCCUGAGCCUAGAUUUUCUGAGAGACUUUCUGGACCUACCUGAGUCUUUUAAAACAGGAAAACAAAAAAAACAACUGCAGAAAUUCAUCAUCCGCUAUGGAACACAUUACAUCAAGUCAGCAAAGUUCGGCGGAUCCUUCAGGGUGUUCAAGACCCAGGAGGCCUCCAAGACCCAAAGUCUCACGGAGUUUUCCGUAGAGGCACAGGCCUCUUAUAGUGGAAUGUUCUCGGCCGGAGCUUCCUUCGGAAUGAAGGGAUCCAGUGAGAGCGCCCAAUCUUCCAAGACGGCCAGCACUCGCGUGACCGCAGAAGGAGGUCACCAGGAAGUCGCGGCCGUCGUAGCGGAUUUCUACACAACCGGCUUCAAAGACACCUUCAGCCAAUGGCUGAAGACCAUCCCUACAUACCCAAAACCUGUCGAGAUGUUCAUGGGCACCAUUACGGAGCUGCUGAACUUGAACUUCAAACUCAUGUUUCCGUUCGACGUUAAGGAUGUUGCAAAAGGCUGCUUUAGCGGGGGACUGAAAACUGAAAGCGAAACUGGGAAGAAGUAUUACGAGACUUCCAAGCUUGUGAACGACACCGACGGAGUCAUGCAGACUAUCAAGGAAAAACGGUAUUGUGAGUUUACAGAAGCGGAGAAAUUCCAGGAAGCAAUGGACAGGAAGCGCCUUGCACUGGAAAGGGCAACAACUGUUUACAUGGAAGAGGGCCCUGUCCCGGCCAAUGACUUCAGUCUGGAGGGUGGACCACCCGGAUGCCAAUCUGACGAUUUACUUCUGAAUGGGGUCAAAGCUGGAGUUGCACACCCCCCAUGGCAAGAGCUGAUCGACGGAAACAAAUACAAGAUCAUCUUUGAUCUUCCUCAUGACAUCGGCGAAAACAUCAAAAAGACCGCAGCGGCCUUCCUAGUUUUUGCAAACGACAGGUGGAACUGUCACUUACCAGGAACCCGCGUUCACGCGUUUAACAGUCAUUUCAACGGAGGGAGUGGUGACACUAAAAAUAAAAGGGUCUCCUGUUUUGGCUUUGUGAUGACGUAUAACGAAGUUACUGGCCAGUUUUCAGUGACAGCCGAAAACCUAGAAGCCUCCAAAAAGAGUCUAGGGGAACUAACUGGUCUGAAGACAAACACGAUCGUCGGCCGGGCUGAGUAUGUCAGCCUGUUAGAGCAUUCAAGACAAGACAGUGAAGCUUUGGCGAGUAUUGUUCAAGCACCCUGUAGCGUGAAGUGGUCCAACUCCUACCAGAUAGAUCCUAAAGUGGAGACGGGACAGUGUCUCUACUUUGUCGGGAUAUCAGCAGGCGACAUUUUCGUGGUGUUCUCUGCCAUUCCGAAGAUCCAGAGAACCUGGUUCCAUCUUCAGAUCGGCCUGAAAGGCGUGGCACUCUAUAAGGGUAUGAAGCUGGUAAAAUAUGAAGGAGCGAAGGCUGCUCGGGGUCUUGGUGCCUCCAACCUGUUCCAGCCGUACUUUAUUUGCAUCGAUGAGGAAAGCACAAGAACCUUCAUCAAGUAUGGAAUCGGAUCUGACACAUCCGAAAAAGGCAAGGCCUACCUGGUCUACAAUGAUUACAAUCCACCAUUAGGCAUUCGGUACUACUCGUUUGGCAGUGGGGAAGCCAACGUAGAGAUCAUGGACGCGCGAGUCAUCGAAGGAAGUGAAGCAGGAUCCAAAGAAUGUAUAGGAGGGACCAAGCUGGAGGACGGCAAAUGUGUGCAAGAUUGCCACCCAGAGUGUGAUGGAUGCAAUCCAAAAACACCUGGUUCGAAGCUUGAUACAGAGUGUCGCCGUUGCAAGCACUUCACAAUUGACAUGGGAGAUGGCACAAACCAAUGCGUUCCAGAGGGUGGAUGUCCGAAAUUUCUCAACGUUGACACCGCUAACAAGUCAUGCUCGUGUCCGGCUAACAGUAGAAUGAGCUCCGACAGAAAAUCAUGCAUAUGUAACAUUAUUGAAGUCGACCAUGAAGGCAAAACCAUCUGUGUCUCUAAAUGCCCCGACCUGAAAAAACCAAAUUUAGAAAGCCCACCAACAUGUGUGUGCAAGCUCUCUAGAAAUGGAGUGUGCGUUAAAAAAUGCCCUCCUAACGCCGUUCAACAAGGAGACAAAUGCAGCACAAACUGUCAGAUGGGAAGAGGAGCAUCUUACAGGGGGACAGUCUCUGUUACCAAAUCAGGGAUACCGUGUCAAAUGUGGGGAAGCCAGUUUCCACAUCAACACUCCACAACGCCAAGUAAGUUCCCCGAAGCUGGACUGGUGGGUGCCUUCUGUCGGAAUCCUAACGGCGCGGUUGGAGUUUUUUGUUACACCCUGGAUCCCAGAAAAGAACAGGAACUCUGCGACGUACCGCAAUGUGAAUGUCAGACUGAGAAUGGGUUUUUAUACCGAGGAAAAGUCGCUGAAACCGAAACAGGGAAGACAUGUCAACGCUGGGACAGCCAGACACCGCAUAAACACAGCUUGACCCAAGAUGAUCAACGGUUGUUUGGACUGGACAAUAACUACUGUCGGAAUCCAAACGGGGACAAGAAGAAAGUUUGGUGUUACACCACUGAUCCCAAUAAGGAAUGGGAACAUUGCGCCGUACCAGAAUGUGAGGAAGGCCCACCAGGAUCAGGUUCUUCAAAUGAUCGAAAAACUUGCCUGGAAGGAAAAGGAGAAUCUUAUCGAGGAUAUGUUGCUGUGACCAAAGAAGGCUGGGCGUGUCAACGCUGGGAUAGUCAGAUACCACAUCGACAUGAGUUGACGCCCGAAAACUUUCCUGAUGCCGGACUGGAGGAAAACUACUGCCGGAAGCCAGUGGAUCUUGAUUUCAUACGCGGUCCUUUUUGUAUCACAACUGACCCCAACCGGCCGGUGGACCAUUGCAGCAUACCACCCUGCAAGGAAGGCUCACCAGGAUCAGGUUCUUCAAAUGAAGCAAAGACGUCGCUGUCCUCGUUUGACCAUUACGACAAAAAAGGGCUACCAGGCCACAACGAUGAAGAGAUAGCAGGCAUAAGCGUGGAAGAGUGCGCCAAACGGUGUUUAGCUGGAACAUCUCUUGUUCCUGCUGGAUCCUGUCUGUCGUUUGAUUAUGACACCAAGUACAGUGCCUGUAUGCUGAGUAAGGCCAGUAAGGACACACCUGGAGCAAAAUUGGCUGAUAGCAACCCACCGGAGCGAUAUGACUACUACCACAGAAGAGAUUGCAAGGAGGGAAACGGAGCAUCGUACCGAGGACACAAGGCUGUGACCAAGUCAGGCAAGACGUGCCAACGCUGGGACAGUCAGACUCCGCACAAACACACUAAAACGACUGCCAAAUAUCCGAGUUCUGGACUGGAGGAAAACUUUUGCCGGAAUCCAUCCUCCAGUAGUGGUCCUUGGUGCUACACCACUGACCCCAAAGAACGGUGGGAAUUAUGCGACAUUCCAGAUUGUUGAGCCAUAAUUAUCGUAUUAACGUUAACGAAACAUUGCGAUUUUAUAUUUUAUGAAAAGAGAAAUCUUUGGACGACAUCCACACGAAACUCCCAGUAGUUACCGGGAUAUGCCCCCGGUACAAGAGAAUACACCCCAUCUCAAUCAGCACACUUAAGAAAGUCUAACUUUAAGGUGAUAACAAUUUUAAACUGCUGGAAGAGUUCUGCCAUGCAAACUUGAGCAGAAGUGCUGAAGGAAACCAGACAACCUUGAAAAAGCCAUAGCCUCCGACAUCAUUUUUUUAGCUAAAAGUUUUUACAACGAUAAUUUGCUAGCGCUGUCAAUUAUAUUUACCAUAAGUACGAUAUUAAGUACUUCGUAAUAAGCGAAAUAAUAAAUUGCUGGUGUACUGAACUAGAUUAUUUACGAUGCUAUCAUGCUACGGUGCAAUGUUGGUGUAUUUACGUAUGUUAUGCCGUUUAAUAAGUGAACGGUUUUAUCAAGCACUGUUGCUAAUAUUGUUUAGUGCAUAAUGCCACAAGUGUAGCAUUAUUACACAUGUAAGUUAACUGUUGUUUUAUAAGUGACAUUUUUGUUUACUUUUCUUACGUUCAUUUAUAUAAUUUGGUUUAGUUGAGGAACACUGUUGUAUGGUUAUUGAAAAUUCAGUGUUGAUGUUUUUGUAUAAGAUUCUUUUUGUACUAUGCUAAGUAUGGUGUAGGAAAUAGAUUGUCAAACUACUUUAAAACUAUGAAACAACAGUAUUUAAGAGAACAAAAAGUAUGUCUACUACAUCUAACUUUACAUAUUAAAAAUUACUUCAUUUGUCAUUAAAGUAGCAAUACUGCUGUGUAGAAUUUUUAUUGAUUUUAUUGUGAUUUUUAUCAUUGGAAAUCAUUUUAAAACUUAACGAUAGCUUGCUAUUUGAUACGUUAAAGAUAUGCCUGCUUUAUUUGGUGUUCAGUUUACGGUGGGACAGUAACGUUAGAAUGCUGGUCUGUUUUCUGUCACGAUGUCAUUUAACAGAAUAAAUUUAUGGUUGUUGGUCCAUCA